ACAAGUCAAAGCCAGCGACAUCAUCGUUAUAAGUAAUCCGAUAUAAAUCCUAAUUUUCUUACCAGUUGACCCGAAAACACAUACAGACAUCCCAUACCUACUUACCCUAUCUUAGCCGUACGUAGCAUUCACUCUUUGUCCCCCCCAGUCUAUGUAACUACCGUCACCCCUCAAAGAAAGGAAAACAAGUAACAAAGACCAAACCACCGUGCCUGGCUUUGCUUCUUCCUCCUUCUCCCCAUAUAUUCGCCGCCACCUGCGUAUCUGUACUGUACAAAGUCUUGCGCUAUCAGUUAAAGCCGACGAUUUGGAUCUGGACACACCCUAGCUCUGCUGGCUAGGCUUAUUACCUAUCGCAGUUAAAGGACACACUACAUAUCAACUUGCAACAAAGGCAUUCUAUUUCUAGCGCUUUACGAUUCCAUACCUCGUGGUCCAUCUUCUCUAUACCUACAUUGUCGCCUACCUCUCUUCUCCAAGCACCUACCUUCUCCAAGAUCCAAUAAUUUCUAAUGUCUUCACCGCCCUGGGACUAUAUCGCCAAGCUAGUAUGCAUCGGGGACUCGGGAUGCGGUAAAUCCUCUCUCACCAUCCGGCUCUGCGAGGGGCGCUUCAGCCCCCAGCACGACGUAACGAUCGGGGUUGAGUUCGGGUCGAGGAUUGUGCCCGUCGGCCCCCCGUACUCCAAAUCACCUACCCCUCCCACCGAGGGCGGCCUACCUGAGCCGCCCCGUGUCGACAAGACGCCGCAAAAACACAUGAAGCUUUCCCUUUGGGAUACGGCGGGUCAAGAAACGUACAAAUCAGUAACACGCUCCUAUUUCCGUGGCGCAUCCGGCGCCUUGCUCGUUUUCGACAUAACUCGCAAAGCGACCUUCGACCACGUUACUGACUGGCUGAAUGACUUGCGCGCGAUCGCCGACCCAGACAUCGUCGUCAUCCUCGUCGGCAACAAACUCGACCAAGCCCAAACGUCCGAGAACAAGCGCGAGGUGACCCAACAGGAGGCCGAAGAAUGGACCCGCCGCAACGGCGUUCUGCAGUACGUCGAGACCUCGGCUAAGUCGGGCGAGAAUGUCGAGGAGGCAUUCAUGCGCGUCGCCGAGCGCAUCUUCGAGAACAUCAACGCGGGCAAAUACGACCUCAAUGACCGCCGCUCCGGCGUCAAGGGUCCCGGUCCUCGCGGCGGCAAUGGGGCUAGGCUUUCCGUAUCUGAAAAGCCGGUGGGGCAGACCGGCGGUUGCUGUUGAGACGCUUGAAUGAAUAGCAUGAAGCCAACGAACAAACAAACAUAUAUUUACAACAUAUUACUACUUAGGUAAGAAUGAAGCGAAGGCAAAGCUGGGUGGGACUGGACUGGACUGGACUGGACUGGACUGGGUUUAUUUAGCUGGGCUGGGCCGGCUUGGUUUUGGUUUGGGUUGUGUUACGUCGAAUAAACCCCGGAACUGCAUGUGAGUCGGAAUCGAACUCAUUUACCAGAUUUCCAACCGGAUUUUUCAAACGGUCAGUCAGAUUAGAUUCAUAAACGACGAUGCCCAACAAACCACAACAACCAACCAACCAACCAACAUCAUCUUUCGAGGUCAUAGAACCUACGAAAAAAGAGCCAGGUUUUAUCAUGAAGUUGGCUCUCUAGAUGCUGAUGCAUGCCCCGAAACCCUGAAGUCUUACAUAGAUAGGGUCCCGGGUACGGGGUACUUUACUUGCUACUCAUGUGGGUUCGACGUUUGGGUCUGGGUCUGGGUCUGGGUCUGGGUCUG